AUGACCUUAACUACGGACAACAUUCCCACGGUACCUGCUAACAAUCCAAUCGCUAAUUCAUUUAGCUCGUUUGAUGACAUCUCUAGAAAAGUUCUGAGAGCCAAUUAUCCUGCUACAAAUCGAAAAUCGUUAACCCCUAACGGUGGAGGUUCCUCUAGCAGCAGCAGCGAUUCUGACAAUCCUAACAUCGACCAAAUUUUGCAAGUUUUAAUUUCAACAAAUUUAAAUCCGAGCAAUACUUUUGAACAUGAUUUAUUGGAAUUGUUAGUUUCUGGAUGCAAUACUAUUAAUACAGCUGACGAGCAUGUGGCUUCAAAGUUUAGUAGAAUUAUUUUUACUUUUUGUAGUAGACAUAUG